AUGAUGCCACCCCGUUUUGUCUGUACAAUCCAAGAAAGGUGCCCCCUUCCCCUGACACCCAAAGUCGAGGCAGAAUUACAGUCUAUGCUCAAGCAGAAUGUUAUUUCAUCCGUGACUGUUCCUACUGAAUGGUGCUCGGGUAUGGUUUGCGUUCCAAAACCUAAUGGGAAAGUCCGCAUCUGUGUUGAUUUAACCCAGUUAAAUAAGGCGGUUAAGCGAGAAAUACACCCAAUGCCGUCUGUGGAUGAGAGCCUUUCCAAGCUGGGCCAGGGGAAAGUUUUCAGCAAGCUUGAUGCGGACAGUGGGUUCUGGCAGGUCCCACUAGACGAACAAUCGAGACUUUUGACAACAUUUAUAACACCAUUUGGUAGAUUCUGUUUUAACAGGUUGCCAUUUGGCAUCUGCUCAGCUCCUGAGAUAUUUCAAAGGACUAUGUCUGGUAUCCUAGAAGGUCUUGAUGGAACAAUCUGUCAGAUGGAUGACGUCUUGAUUGAUGGAAAAGAUCAGGUCCAACAUGACGAAAGAGUUCGUGCAGCACUUCGACGUGUUCAGGAUGCAGGUUUGACCCUGAAUGAGAAGUGUGAGUUCAGUAAAGAGUCAAUCAAGUUCCUGGCACACGUGAUUGACGAUCUGGGCAUCCACAUUGACCCAGACAAAACGACAGCCAUUGCCAAGUUCCCAACACCUAAAAAUAUCACCGAGCUUCGACGAUUUUUAGGAAUGGUAAAUCAUGUUGGCAAGUUUGUACCGCGACUUGCAGACCUCAACGAGCCUGUGGAGAUGGGAAAUAGCCCAUCAAACAGCAUUCUUACGGAUCAAAAUAUUAGAAUUAUUGAAUAUUGA